AAGAAUCAAUAAAGCAGAAACAAUAAUUGUUGCUGUUUCUGUUUACCCAAGUUUUAAGCAUAUUUAAGAUAGAAAAGUGGCGGUGCAAAUAUUGAUUGAGCCAAAUAUAGCAAAAGAGCAGCUCAAAGCGGCUAAAACGUUAAACCUUUUUUCGUGAAUAAAUCAUAAACCAAAAAAAAACACAAAUAAACAGCCAACAGCAACGGCAAAGAUUCAAAAAUCUGUCUACAAAACCACAAAAUCGCUUAAAGAUCGUCUGUGCGUGCGCGUAUGUUUAUAGGUGUGUGUGCGCACGCGUGUGUGUGUAUGUGUGUAGUCUGAUCUGUCUGUGUGGGUCGCUCUGAUCCGUUGUCGUUCGAUCUCUGCCGCGUCGUCGUCGUCGUCGUCGUCGUUGUCAGCUGCAGCGUUAGCGUUGCGUCUUAUAAGCCGAACUAAAGCCAAGACCCGAUCCGAUCCGAUCCAAUCCCCGAUUGACGAUCCCAAUUCUCUGCGUUUCCUUUCGUGCGCUUUGUUUCAGGCACGUAAUCUCUCUCGCCGGCCAUAAUCAACCUGCCUGCUGAUCCACGCGAUAUAAACAGAGUUUCACAGAUUCAGAUACACACUUAAGACUGAAAGAUACAAAUAUUCUGAGCAACAGAUACAGCACCAGAGAAAGAGAGAGAGAGAGAGUAAGUGAGUGAAAGAGAGAGCGAGAACUUAAGCUGUCAGCUCCUGCUUUCUUGCCGUGCGACUGCCUAUGUUUCCGAUCAAGAUUAUGCGCCUAAUUUGAAGUUGUAAUUAAUUUGGAUACCCUAAUAAAAAAGAGAAUAAAAACUCGUAAGAAGAAAAGAAAAAACAAAACAAAAAAAUAUAUACACAUAUAUAAAAAACUAAGCGAAGCAACAAAAUACCAGCGGCUACCUCUUUCAGCAUUUGAGGGGCGUUACGCGCCUCUAUUUUAUUGCCCCACCGAUGAGUGCACAACAUGGAACUUGCGAUUUGUAAGACAGAUUUGUCUGCAACAAAAUUUAUGCUGCCACCCGCGCUGCCAGCCGCAGCGGCAAUCGCAACAACAACGGCAACGGCAACUGCAACACACUCAUUUCUCGACCGGGCGGUGCACAUUAACGAGUUCUUCAACUUCAAUCCAGGACAACAUUUGUUUAAAACCAACAACUCCUUCUUGAACAACAGCAGCAACAGCAGCAGCACCAACAUGCGACUCAAAAAGAACAGAAAAGUUUCUUUUCUGCCCAGCAUAGUUGAGUCCACAACAAAAUACAUUAAAGAGGAGCCGGUCAAUGGCUGCAAAGAUCUGCAAGUUUGCAGUUUAUCGGAUAUUUCAGAUCAUGAAGCCUCGCUGGAUGUGCCCACAGCAUUGCCGCCCCUCACGCCCGGCACAAAUCGCAAGGUGAACGAGGUGCUGAAAGCCUCAUUUGCCUCCUGGGAGAAGGAGGUGCAGAACUGUAAUAUAACCAAAGAUCCCCGCGAAUGGACGGAGGAGCAUGUCAUCUAUUGGCUCAACUGGGCCAAGAAUGAGUUCUCCCUGCUGUCCAUGGACCUGGGCCCGUUCUGCAAAAUGACCGGCCGUGAGAUGGUCGAGCUGGGCAAAGAGAAAUUCCUGGCCAUAACGCCAGCGUUCACGGGCGACAUUCUGUGGGAGCAUUUGGAUAUACUACAAAAAGAUUGUGAAAAACCAAAUGAGGAUAUUGUGCAUGGCAAUUCCUUUGAAUCGUCCGCCAACGGCUCGGUCUGCGGAUCAGAGCAUCAGGUAGCCAAUUACCAAGCAGCAACGCCGGCCACGACGCCCGUCUCCAACAACAGCCUUGCGAGUCGCCUGUCCAUGGAUUAUGCGACAACGGCGGCGGGCAAUGAUAAGAGCAAUCGCUACCACACAACACCUGCCAUGCCACACAACGGCUACAACAAUAACAAUAGCAAUGCACAUGAACGCAGCAACAACAGCCCGCCACCGCAGCAAUCGCAACAGCAUCUCAAUGGCAACAGCAACAAUACAGGCAGCAGCAGCAACAACAACAACAACAGCAUGAUGCCGCCUGGUGUGCAACAGCAGCAAAAUGCGAACGAUAACAACAACAGCAACGGCAGCAACAACAGUGGCAACAACAAUGCCAAUGCGGGCAGCAACAGCAACAACAACAACAACAAUAACAACAAUAAUAAUAACAACAACAACAACAACAUUAACUACAUGACAGCUAUGGCAGCGGCUAUCUACCAACAUCAGCUGAAAGAGGAGCCGGGCACUCAGUCUGGCAAUGGCAGCAACGCCGCCUACGCAUCAAAUGCCCAGAACGAUCCAACAGAUCUCAGCAGCUAUGGUCUGCCCGCACAUUUGGCUGCAGCUGCGGCCGCUGGCCACUAUAGCGGCGGCGGCGGUGGUGGCGGCGGCACACCGGGCGGUGGCGGCGGAGUCGCCUCUGCUGCUGGCGGCGAUGAUAGCGACUAUCACAGUACGCUUUCGGCGCAGGAGCAUCAGAGCCAAGCCUCCAGCGCUGGCAACGGUAGCGGCAGCACCAACAGCAGCGGCUACAUGGACAGCAGUCCCGAUUUCUAUAAUACGUAUGGUCGGGCACGUUUCCAUGAGGCCUUCCAGUCAGAGUUUACGCCGUACGAUGCACAAUUCCCAGCGAUGGGCACCCAGCCGAACCUGGACCAAUGGGGCGCACAUGCCCAUCAACAUCCGGCGGCAUAUAUGACCACAUUGGGUCUGGACAAGACGCUGCUGGGCGGCUAUACAACGCAGGGCGGAGUGCCCUGUUUUACGGGCUCCGGACCCAUUCAGCUGUGGCAGUUUCUGCUGGAGCUGCUGCUCGACAAAACAUGCCAGAGUUUUAUCUCGUGGACAGGCGAUGGCUGGGAGUUCAAGCUGACCGAUCCCGAUGAGGUGGCGCGUCGCUGGGGCAUACGCAAGAACAAGCCCAAGAUGAACUACGAGAAACUGAGCCGCGGUCUGCGCUACUACUACGACAAGAACAUCAUACACAAGACGGCGGGCAAACGCUAUGUCUACCGCUUCGUCUGCGAUCUUCAAAAUCUAGUUGGACACACGCCCGAGGAGCUAGUUGCCAAGUUCGAUUUAAAGAUUGAGAAAAAGGAUGUGGACUAGCAGUCAAGCAGCACGGAAGCUGCUUGAAAUGCUCAGUGGAUAGCUGAGCCAAGGAUAUGAUCUGCAGUGCGAUUGAAAGGCCACAAAUUAUAGUACUCAACGGGAAAAGAUGCUGUUGGGAAUUAUUGUUUCCAAGCGUGAUGUUAACUUUUAAGCAGCAGCAUUACCUGCGAUCUUGCUACGAGAUUAAUGUGUGCGUGUGUUUGUGUUUGUGUCUGUGUGUGUGUGUGCGAGUGCGAGUGCGAGUGCGAGUGU